AUGUUGGACAUAUUGGACAUAUUGGACAUGGGCCUGGGGUGGAUGGGUGUCUCGCUGCCACGCUGUGAGCCGUUCGAGCAAACAUCUGACAGUCACGCCGCAACAGAGGGCGGGAAUAGCCAUCUCAUCCCCACCCCGAACCCUCGGCGAAGCAGCCUGGCUGGCGCGCUCAACGGUCUGCCAAGGGUGCUUCUGGGGUCAUAUCCUGGGAGCAAUGACAUCGCCCGCGACUAUGUCAUGAAAAGCUUCCCAGAGAGAAAAACGGAAAGCAGAAUCGAGGAGCAGGCGGCGGCGGCUUCCGUGCUACGUGGACCUGAGUGA